CCCCCACUCGUGUGUGUUCCAUCCUCUUCACUGUGCGUAACCUACUGUAUGUAGCCUAUUCCGCCCCUCGUCCCUCACGGAGCUGAACUCGACGCGAGAGGCACAACAUAUGGUAAAAACGGAGCGCUGGAAUUUAUUUGAAUUGUUUUAGAAAUAAGUACUUCGUUCAAAGCUAAGUAGAAAGGUCGUUAUAUUUGCAGUAACAAUCAGGAGAACAGUCGAGUGGAAAAAGUCAGUGGAUUCAACGUUUAUUUAGACAUUUGCUGAUAAGAAAAACAUCAGGGAUAUAGAAAGCCCCCCUUGCAGGGCUGCUGUCUGAGUGAGGGUCACACUGCAGAGUGCUGUAAAGUGUCUCACACAAUCGAUCGCUUCUCCCCGUUGGAAGAUUAAGGGCAGGAUUGGCCAUGCCAUUUGGCUGUUUGACGCUCGGGGAAAAGAAGGAUUACCACAAUCCCUCAGAGGUGACAGAUAAAUAUGACCUGGGACAGAUUGUUAAAUCAGAGGAGUUCUGUGAGAUCUUCAGGGCCAAGGACAAAAAUACACUGAAAAUGUUUACUUGUAAAAAGUUCCUGAAAAAGGAUGGAAGGAAAGUUCGGAAGGCUGCAAAAAACGAGAUCCUUAUUUUAAAGAUGGUGAAGCACCCAAAUAUUCUUCAGCUGGUGGAUUUCUAUGAGACCAGAAAAGAGUACUUCCUCUUCCUUGAACUUGCUACUGGCAGAGAGGUAUUUGAUUGGAUCCUGGACCAGGGCUACUAUUCAGAGCGCGACACCAGUAAUGUGGUCCGUCAGGUGUUGGAGGCCGUGGCCUAUCUUCACUCCCUGCACAUUGUCCACAGGAACCUCAAGCUGGAGAACUUGGUGUACUUCAACCGCCUGAAGCACUCCAAAAUAGUGAUCAGUGACUUCCACCUGGCAAAGCUGGAGACCGGGCUCAUCAAAGACCCCUGUGGAACCCCAGAGUACCUUGCACCAGAAGUGGUUGGGAGACAGAGAUACGGCAGGCCAGUGGACUGCUGGGCCCUGGGUGUCAUCAUGUACAUACUGCUUUCAGGCAACCCUCCUUUCUAUGAGGAAACUGAUGAUGAUGAUUAUGAAAACCACGACAAGAACCUGUUCAGGAAGAUCUUGGCGGGGGACUAUGAGUUUGACUCUCCGUACUGGGACGACAUCUCAGAGUCAGCAAAAGGCCUGGUCGCCCGUAUGAUGGAGGUAGACCAGGAUCAGAGGCUGACUGCUCAGGAGGCUAUCAACCAUGAGUGGAUUUCUGGAAAUGCAGCCUCAAAUAAGAAUAUUAAGGAUAAUGUCUGUGCACAGAUAGAGAAGAACUUUGCCAAAGCUAAGUGGAAGAAAGCGGUGCGGGUUACUACCAUCAUGAAGCGACUGAGAGCUCCAGAACAGAGUGCUGACUCGGGGGCAACCAUCCCAGCAGUAGUAACCAGCUCUGCAGCAGGAGAACCCGCCCCGGCUCUCAGUGACCCCUCUGCAGCUACCGCUGCUGCAGCCCCUGAGGGGGAGCCUGCUGCUGUCACAGAGCCCCAUGCUGGCAUGGAGGCCAUGACGUGUGAUGCCACUCCCCAAGGUGCAGCAGAGGUCACAGCUCCACCCCCGGCCCCUGAGGAGGCCAGCCCAGUGGAGGCCCCAGUUGAAGCCCCGGAGGAGGUUGAUCCGUUGUCACGGUGUAACGGAGAGUCCCCAACUCCCCUCCAACCAGCAACUGAAGUUGACGAUGAGCAGGGUUAGACGGUGAACUGCCUCCUAUGACCUCCUUCACUCCCAGCGAUCGUCUUUCCUGCACACUAGCAUGGUGACACUGACUUAUCUCUCUCACUUGCAGCAUGAGUAACAUCUCACAGAGCCUGUGUCCUAUCUUUCUUGAGUGUUGAAUUGAUCUGGCUACAUGUAUUCUGUAUUUUUGAAACAUCCCUCUGGCCUUACAGGGGCUUUUUGUGUAUAAUGCAGCCCAGCUAACAGCUACAUAUUUUCUCUGAACUCUCCCCUUUAAAUCAUAUGGAAAUAUGUAAUUGUACCAAACCUGCUUUGAUUUCCUCUUAAUGAGCCAAGUUUGGGAACAUUUUUACCCAGUCCUACUCUCACAGUAUUCCAAUGCAUUAUCAUGGCAUACAAUAAGGUAAUGAACAGCUUGGCUUUGCUCUUAUAGUGAUGAUUUUACAUAAUGAUCUGUAGCAUUCCUCCUUUACACCCCUCUCUACACAUGGAAAGAUCCUGUUUGAUCUCUUUUUGGGGGGUGAACAUUGCUGUCUUUGUUAUUUGUUGUAUACACUCAUCAGUAGUUUUGUCUGUGCUGCAGCAAUUAUGUUUACUGGGGGAUGCAGCAGGCCCAGUGUAAGUGAAAGGCAGCAUCCACAACAUGCUGGGUGAAAUGCGAAAGACAUAUUUCAGUUGAAUGCAUUCAGUUUACCAACUGACUAGGUAUCCUCCAAUCCCUUUCCCUCGCCAGCUUUCUGCUUAGGAAAGCACCACAUGGCUGUCAGUGUAAAGAUUCUGUAUAUAGAGACCUUUGUAGAAGUAGUCAAAACAGCAUGCAUUCUUAACUCUUUGCUGUUCAUUUCAAAAUGAUAAGCACUUGGUGGAAAGAACGUGCUAAUCCUGCUACUGCCUUUAAACUGGAAACGUGAAGGUCUUUCUGUUCGUUAGGCUCCAAGUGGAGGGCACUGUUGAUGCUCAUGUUUUGUUCCAAUGGACUACAUCAUUCCAUAAACUUCUAACUAUUCAUAUCAUAUCAUACAUCAUGUGCCACUACUGUAAAUGUACGUUAUAUUAAAUGCGUUGUGUUUGUUACACAGUAGUUUCUAUGCAUCUAGAAUUAAGUUUGUAGCUCAUCUUUAUGAAUUUCACGGCAGGCCUCAGUCAUAACAAAUCUUCAUCCAUCCUAUGCGAUUAGAUCAACUUUUUCUAUAAAAUAUUAUUAUUUUUUCAUUCCGUUUAUGGUUUAACAGUUCUUCUGGCUUAAUCAUUCUUAUGCAUCCUAAAGUACGUAGAUCCAUUUGUAAAUAAAUACAAUUUAGCCUACAAGGAAAAGCAUGAUAUUCUUUUGGCAGUUGUAUAACAUUCGAUUGUGACUGUGUAAAGCACCACCUGUAAAAGCCAUUUUUAUCCCCCACCAGCUUCUUUUUACAUGGUGUUGUUGAUUAAAGGAAACAAAACAAUUAAGAGCAAUUGUGUUAAAAAAAUCUCAUGUUUUUACAAACAUAUGUAUUUGUUUAUUUAUCUAUUUAUUCAUAGGUUGAAUUAUUCUCAAGAUAUUCAUAACAAUAACAAAACAUAAUAGUAGUCGGUCUUUGGUCCCUUUCAGUCAAUAACGAGGUACUGCAAGAGUUCUCUGUAAUCACCGUAAGUUGAGCAAUAUUCUACUUGCUGCCGAAACUGUGAUUCUUCUCUUGGUGUCCUCUAUAAAGUGCAUGUACGUACCUGUAAGUUAAAAGCCUAUAGACUUUGACAACAGUCGAUACCCUGUCCAGACAGUUAGUCAACUAACACAUGGCCAGUGUCAAACAAGGCAGAGCCUAGAUCAUAUUAGUCAUGCUUCUGACUUGGCUCCCAUCUUUCUGUUUACAGUACCAGCCAUCUGUGCAGAGGGUGGCUCCUUCCUUGAUACAGCAAGACAGUGAUUUUAUUGUCAGCAAACAGUAGCUAUUAUACACAGCUAUUUAAUUAUACAGUGUAUUAAUGCAUUUGUUGUCAAGGGACUAUGCUUCUGUGUUCACCUGCACGUUCUAUGGAAGUAUGUAUUUAAGAAAAGUUUGAGCAAUUAUUUUCAAUGAAAGGCAGGAAGUCAAAUCAAAUGUGCUACUUCAUUUUUUGUUGAUCAGAGAAAAGUUAUUGCUCCCCAGUCUAUUGCUUAUGCAUGUCUCUGACACCUACGAGAACAUAUAUACUGUAUAUAUACAUUAUCAGUCAAAAGUUUGGACACCUGCUCAUUCAAGGAUUUUUCUUUAUUUUUACUAUUUUCUACAUUGUAGAAUAAUAGUGAAGACUUCAAAACUGUCAAGUAACACAUAUGGAAUCAUGUAGUAACCAAAAAGUGUUAAACAAAUCAAAAUAUAUUUUAUAUUUCAAUUCUUCAAAGUAGCCACCUUUUGCCUUGAUGACAGCUUUGCACACUCUUGGCAUUCUCUCAACCAGCUUCACCUGGAAUGCUUUUCCAACAGUCUUGAAGGAGUUCCCACAUAUGCUGAGCACUUGUUGGCUGCUUUUCCUUCACUCUGCGGUCCAACUCAUCACAAACCAUCUCAAUUGGGUUGAGGUCUGGUGAUUGUGGAGGCCAAGUCAUCUGAGGCAGCACUCCAUCACUUUCCUUCUUGGUCAAAUAGGCUUUACACAGCCUGGAGGUGUUUUGGGUCAUUGUCCUGUUGAAAAAUAAAUGAUAGUCCCACGAAGCGCAAACCAGAUGGGAUGGUGUAUCGCUGCAGAAUGCUGUGGUAGCCAUGCUGGUUAAGUGUGCCUUGAAUUUUAAAUAAAUCACUGAUGGUGUCACCAGCAAAGCAACUCCACACCAUCACACCUCCUCCUCCAAGCUUCACAGUGGGAACCACAUAUGCAGAGAUCAUCUGUUCACCUACUCUGCGUCUCACAAACCCACGACCGUUGGAACCAAAAAUCUCAAAUUUGGACUCAUCAGACUGCACUUUAUGUCUUAAAGUAAUGUUGGGCUGUCAUUUCUCUUUGCUUAUUUGAGCUGUUCUUGCCAUAAUAUGGACUUGAUCUUUUACCAAAUAGGGCUAUCUUCUGUAUACCACCCCUUCUGUAUACCACCACCUUGUCACAACACAACUGAUUGGCUCAAACACAUUAAGGAAAAAGAUUCCACAAAUUAACAAGGCACACCUGUUAAUUGAAAUGCAUUCCAGGUGACUACCUCAUGAAGCUGGUUGAGAGAAUGCCAAGAGUGUGCAAAGCUGUCAUCAGACAAAGGGUGGCUACUUUGAAGAAUCUCAGAUGUAAAAUAUAUUUUGAUCUGUUUAACACUUUUUUGGUUACUACAUGAUUCCAUUUGUGUUAUUUCAUAGUUUUGAUGUCUAGAAAAUUGUUUAAAAAAAAGAAGAAAAAAAGAGGCAAAACCAUUGAAUGAGUAGGUGUGUCCAAACUUUUGACUGGUACUGUGUGUGUAUAUAUAUACUGAUUGAUUGAUAUGCAUAUUCAGAUACACUAUUGAGAUAUAACAUUACACAAUGUCUUCAUUUUGCCAGAACAUUUUGAUUUCCAUGAAAAGCUUAACAGCAAUAUCUGAAGAAAUGUGUGAGAAUAUACCAUCCUCUUACUUAUGACCGCAAAUAAAUACUGUUACACAAUCUUAAGCAAUGCUUUGUUUCAGUGCCACUGUAUUUAGUAUUCCAUGUCUGUUAAUUUCAUGCUCUUUCUGAUGUACCUAUUAUUUCUCAAUUUAAUGGUCAUCUAGAACAGUGGUCACCUGUAGGCCCUGACUGUCUCUCAUUUGUAGGCUCUGUACUGUACUCCUUGACUGAGUUCAUGACUUUGAUGGUAAUAAAAGUAUACUCAUGGAA